GGUUCCAAUAUUCAAUCUGGAUUAUGUUUUUUUGAUGUUUAUUGGCUGAAAUUUGUAUCUUUUUUUUUUGUAUUAUCUGUGUUGUUGUAAAAACCAAGAAAAAAAAAAUUGAGUCUUGAUGUCAAAAAAUGGCUUAUAAUUCAGAGUUGAAAAAUGGGUCUGAUUUGAAUUUGAAUGAAUUCGAGAUUCCGAAAAGCUGUAAAAGUGAUGGAUUGUUUGUAAACCAACAUCAUGAUUUAUAUGUAAAGUUUGGAGGUUUGGAUGGUUGUACUGAUUUUAGUGAAUUUAGGACAUUGUUUGAUCAAGUUCUUACAUUUUUCUUGAAAGAAGUUUCAGUUAAUAGAAAUCGUUUUAGGCCUUUUCCGCCGAAACUUGGUGAUGGACAAGAGGCUGAUUUAUUCAAACUGUUUUUGACAAUUAGGAGAAUAGGGAGUUAUGAGUUGGUUUCAGAAAAUAGUUUGUGGGAAUUUGUUGCAAGGGAAUGUGGGUUAGAAAUCGGGCUUGUUGCGUCUUUGAAGUUAAUAUAUAUCAAGUAUCUGUUAGAAUUGGAUCAAUGGUUGAUGAAGGGAGGUUUUAAAGAUGAUAAAAUGGAUAAUAUGGAAAUAGGUGUAGUUGAAAAACUGGACCGUUUGUCACGUCAACUGGGAACAUCUUUGAUUGAUGUUGAAAUUAUUGAAAUUGGAGAGGGUAUGAAGAAAAUUGUGGGCACUUCGAGGUUUAAUGGAAAUGAGGACGUAAUGAAUCUUGAAUUUUCGAGAAUCAAUGAUGAUGAUGAUGAAAAAUUUAGUGAACAAAGGUGUGAGUUAUCUCCAAAAGCUGUCAACAAAGUCGGAUUUUCAAUGGUCAACGACGAGGUCACUAAAAGUGAGUUAGCACCUGAUAAUGUAAUCAAGAAAGUGGGACUUUCUGUAAUUCAUGAUGAUGAUAAUGUUGUGAAGAAAGUGGAUACUAAUAUGCUAAUUUGUAUGGAUGAUGAUGGAGACGACAUUGUUUCCUUUAAUGUCAACAAUCAGAAAAGAAAGAGGGAGGAAGAAUCUUUGUCGCUAUUGGAAAUGCUAGAUUGGUUAGGACAUGCCGCAAAAGAUCCCAAUGAUAGAGCCUUUGAAAUUUCACAAAGAAGUUAUAAAUGGAAGAAUUAUACGAAUGAUAAAUUAUGGAAGCAAGUUUUGCUUGCUAGACGUGCACUUUUUGCAGAACUUAAGGUUGAUUUAGGCUACGAUGCAAGUGGUUCACAGAAAAAGAACCAGAGAAUGCACCCUGCAAUGUAUGAUGAUGAUGACGAUAGAGUUCAAUCAAGAUGUGGUAGACGAUCCGCUUCUGCAAUACCAAUCCCCUCUCGUUUGAAACGUCAACGAACUGAAUCUGGAAAAUUUUCAACAGACCGAAUUCAUGAAAUCUUGGUACCGCAGGACCAAGAUUAUAAUGUGGGACCACUUUAUCAAGCCAAAGUACCAACAUGGACCGGUAUGGUUUUUGAAAGUGAUCCCAAGUGGCUUGGUACUCGAAUGUGGCCCCCACCUGAUGACCCAAAUGGAGAACACGAAAAGGACAUUGUGGCAAUCGGGCUAGGAAGGGAGAGCUCAUGUGAGUGCGUGUUUCCUGGGUCUGCUGAAUGUGUGCGGUUUCACAUUGCUGAAAACAGGUUGAAAGUCAAAAUCAAACUUGGCCAUCUUUUCUAUAAAUGGAAAUUUCACCAAAUGGGCGAGGAGGUUUCGCUUUCAUGGGAACCAGAAGAAGAAAAAAGAUUUAAAAGUUUAGUUGUUAGGGCACGGUAUGAGUUAUCUCAUAGCACCAAGAGCAGGCGUGAGAUCAUGAACUUAUUUUGGAGAAAAGCUGCAAAUAUGAUUCCUGCAAAAUUGAAGCGAAAUCUGGUGAGUUAUUACUUUAAUGUUUUUGUUAUAAGGAGAAGAAGCUACCAAAACCGUGUUACUCCUAAGGAAAUAGAUAGUGAUAAUGACGAAGAAGAGGUGGGGUCCGUUGGUGACACAUUUGGUUAUGAAAAGAUUCAUGGGCUGUUGCUAAAAUGCUCAGAGAAUUUGCAGCGCACAGAUCUGGAAUCUUGAUUUAUACAAAAGUUGUUUUUUGUCAUCUUCACUGUGAAAUUUUCAUUUAAGAUCUUUUAUACUAGGAAUCUUAGAGUCAUCACAUUGGUUGAUGUUUUCAAGGUUUUAUAGUUUUUUGGUUAAACUACAGUAGAGUGGUUGAACUUGUUUUUAGAAGAUGACAUUUUUUUAUGGUA